AUGAAUCGAUAAAGCAAUGUCAAGUUUCGACGAUCCAGAAAAACAUUUUCUGGGUAAUCUUCUCGAAGAUGACCCAGGUUCGUCUGUGACGUCUGCAACAUCCCCAUUUGCUGGAAUAAAUGGGUCAACAUCAACCGCCUUAACAUCACAAGUUCCGACUGUUGGACCAGUAAUGUGCCCUACAGAACUUUCCAUGUCGAAUGCGUGGCCUGAGCCUCCUCCUCCAUAUUCGCCGCGUCAUGAAUCGUGGGGUCUUCCAUCUAAUGCUAACACGACACUUCUGGGCUCGUCAUCGUUGACAUCUUCCAAUUGGUUCCCUUUUACGGACCAAAAAGAGACAUCAUCAAAUGAAAUCCUGAGCUCUCUGAAUCUUGCUGCUGGAAGCUCAUCUCCUGCUCUUCCAUCAACUCCAUCACGUGUUCCACAUCAUCCUUCCUCACAAGUUCAUCACUUCCAUCAUAACCUCCACCAUCACACUCAUACUCAUAAUGUGCAGGUUCAAAAUCAUUAUUUCGGUGCUCCCCCUCCUGGCCUAGAAAGUUUCGGACCUACAAGAACUAGUUCCACCUCAUCGUCUCAAAUCUACGACGCCAUCCCCAAUCCAUCGUGGAAUUACACUGGACUAUCGAAUAUUAAUGCGGAUUCGAAUGUUUUGUUUUCUGAUUGGAAAAAUAAGAACUCGAGCCAAACGUCCCCAGUUUCUACCGUUGUUUCUGAAUCUUCGAUUUCUUCAAACUUGGAAACUCGUCCUGUUCAUCCUCCUCUGUCACCUUCGGAAGUUGUUGAAAUUGCCAAGGAAAAGAAGAACGUUUCGAAAAGUUAUGCAGAACAUCUAUCGAAAUCAACUGCAGGAACUCAAAAAAAAGGAGCUCCGAUAGGCGCUGAGAAGAAACAAAAGCAGGAGUUGGCGAAGAAAAUGAGCAAUCAACUUCCAAUCGAAAGCAUAGCGACUCGAAUAGUUGUUAAAGGACAGCCUCACUCGGCUCCAGUUGUUUCUAGAAUGCCGUUUAGUUAUCGUGAUGUCGCAGCACGCUCGGAUCACACUUCUUCUUCAAAUCAUCCGAAUCAUCAACCUGACGAGUUACAGAGGAAAGAAUUAUCGUCGGCGGAUUUGAAAUUGAACGAUUCAAAAGCAGUGCGAACCAAGAACAAUGAUCAUCGCGAAACUGGUAAAACACGGAAUACGAUUGAUCCUACUGAUUUUAACAAAAAGAAUCGCGUCGACAAUGAGUUCCAGAAGAUCAACAAUCGUAAAAAUAAGAAAGAGAAAGCUGUGACCGAGGUGGCCGCCCCUGUGAUCUUUGAAGGCGUACAUCCAGUUGAUUCAUCAUCUCGAUACGAUGUUCUUAAAAAUCUUGAAUCACCAAAUCAAAGUUAUCACGAGAAGAAGAGCGCAAACGGGAGACCGCCACUUAUUCAGAAGAUUUUCUCGAGAUCCAGUUCUCCAGCUGAUGAUAUAAUUGAUACUGAAGAGGAAGAUCCUCACAGAGUUCGUUCAUCAUCAACCCAUGUUCAUCAAAAUGGAAAUGGUCAGGUGAAGAAAGAUCAGCGAAAACGCGUCGCUCAAGUGAAUCAGCGUCGUAGAAAAGGAAGAAAAGAGGAACCAUCGUGGCUGCAAAAUGCGUUUUCGACAUUUGUCGACGUCCUUUUUUUCGUUUGGGGCUACGCAUGUUUUGGACUUCAGUGGACAUUGCUGCUUAUCGUCGAAGUGUGCCAAAAAAUAGCUGAUAUCUUUGUCACUUUUGGAAAGAGCUUGUGGGCUGGAACAUGCAAAGGACUUCGCAAUGUCAUUCUGGCUUUCGUCUAUCUUUGCUUCUUCGUUGUAUUUGCUAUCAAAAGUGUCGUAGUCCGUUUGCUGACGUUCAUCAAUAUGAUUGGAGCAGAGGAAUCAGAUGAAACUGUUGAAGAACAAGAUUGGGGUUGCAAGAAAGAGAUUCCGAUCGCGACGAAUGCAACCGAAUUCGCUGAUCGUUUAUCGAGAGAGACUAUUCGUGAUGCGUAUUCAGUGUUUGGAUUGAGAAGCGAUUGUUCUGAUGAUGACAUCAAAAGAAACUAUAAGCGAUUGGCUGCUCUUGUCUCACCAGAUAAGUGCACAAUUGAUGCUGCCGACCAAGUUUAUGAGCUUGUUGAUGUUGCCUUCUCAGCUAUUGGUUACAAGGAUUCUCGAUCUGAGUAUACCCUCGAAAAUCUUAAGAACAACGAAGUGCAUGAGCAAUUGAUCUCUGUUUGGAAUGAUAUGACAAAAGCUGUCGAAGAGGCACGAAACACUAUCUUCUGUGAUUGUGAAAACACUCAUUUCCGUGUUGCCACUUCUAUUUCUCCAUCUCAAGCAAGAAGUUGUAAGAGAUGUGGAGUAAAGCAUCCUGCCAAGCAGAAUGAUAUUUGGGUUGAGAAGAGACAUCUCGGAUUGACUUCUACCUAUUACACGUGCACAGAUAACGUUGUGUACGAUAUUACAUCAUGGGCUACUUGCAAGAGCCAACGUGCGAUGCUCAAAAACAUGCGAGCACACACUCACAAUGUCCAGUAUCGGUUGUUAUCGCCAAUGUUUAAGAACUCCGACUUUGAUGCCCAAUCUCAAUAUUACAACUCGUCAUAUCCAUCCUCUUCAACAGACGCUCGUUUUUUGAGCGAUCUUCAAGAAGAGUACUCGACUUUGCUCCGCCAGCGUAGUCUUGCUCAAAUUUCUUUCAAAAACUGUGAACCACGUGAGGAGGAUCGGAGUCGUCGUGCAGCGAAUCGACGACAAAAGCGAUGGCGAUGAUCUUAUAUUACCUAAUAGACUUCAUGUUUUAUUCCUCCAACAAUUUUCCUAGCUCUUUCUAAUACGUUUGAUUUAAGAAAUUAGGCCAUAGUACAUAAAAAGUGCCUUUAAUUCGUUUCACAUGUGCAUAUUCUUCAUUUCUUUAAAACAUGCACACUGUAUCGACAAUUGUUACGAGCAUUCACAAAUAGCAUUUAAAAUGUUUUGUUUUCUUUCCCUAUGUCCUCUCAAACUGCCGCUUCCUGUGCUUUUAUUCCUGAACUUAACUUGUUUAUUUCCGCGAUGGUAUGUCAAUUGAAUAUUAUUAGUUCAUUUUAUCCAUUUCUAUAAUUUCAUUGGCAAAGUCUCCCUUUGACACCCAAAUCGUUUGUAAUUUUUCUGGAAAGCGUUUAUUUUUGAUCAUGAAAAAUUCAUUUAUUCAAA